AUGUCUGGUGCCGACGAGAUACAGCAGACGAAAGAGUUGUUGCGAGAUGUGGGUAUCCUCGAUCCUGAAGAUACCUCAGCGGCAGCUGAAGCAGAAACGUCCAAUAACAACGCCCCUGCAGAAACUACGGAGACUGCAGCUGUCGAUGAAGGAACCACCGAAACCCAACCAGGAGCAGUCGCUACCACUGACGAGCAGAUUAAGCAGGAUAUGAUGAACGUCGUGGGUGUGGCGGGAACGGAUACGGAAAUUCGAGAAAAAAUUGCCUCUAGCUCCAUGAGUCGGGGAGGGGCUGAUCAGGCCAUUCGUCAAAAGCUGGCCUCUGUUACGGUCCUCCAGUCUAAUAAGAUGGGACUAGCGACGCCCGUGGGUGCUCACCCUCAGCCUUAUACCCAAGAAAACAUCCCAGUAACUGAUCAAUCCACUGGUGAUGCAAAUAAUGAUGCAGCGCCCGCAGUUCCACCACCUCCAGGAAUGCCGGGCGUGGGACUUCCUGCCCUUGACAGAAAUCAGCAACAACAUGUUCCCACCGGUGCUUUUUACAUUCCUGGCCCCCGGUACAACGAAUUAGCUGUGCCUACAAUGGAUAAUAUUGUAGAAGACGAAGAGGCGGCCAAUGGAACCAUACCAGUUCCGCCCCGUGCCAAUAUUCCUCAAACAACAACCCGCAACAUGGAUACAUCCGGUCUUGCUGUGGCAAAUCCAGUCAUAUCCGGACAAUUUGAUCUUCAGGUAGCCGAGGAAGCCGGGGACGAUAUUCAAGCUUUCCAGGAAAGAAAUCAGGACCGAACCGCUGUCAAGAGAAAGAAACAGCAGACAACGUAUGGUCUCAUUGGUUUCAUCAUCUUAAUUGCGAUUAUAGCCUUCGCUGUGGCGUUUUCGAAGGACUGGACCAAUGACGAGAGCAGUCCCUCCACCACGCCGUCUCCCACGCCGUCGCCCACAACACCUCCCAUAUUGUCAACAGAACAGUAUGUCCUCUCCUUGUUGCCCGAUUACACCGUGCGUACCAUUGAUCAGGAUGUGAAAAUGCAGACUCCACAAUAUCGUGCCUAUGAAUGGAUCCUCCAGGACAUUGAAAAGAAUGACAAGAUGGAAGACUUUCGCAUCACUCAACGCUACGCACUUGCUACACUCUACUUUGCCACGGGUGGUGUGAUCCGGUUUGCGAAUGACACGACAUCCAGCGGAUGGUCCAAGGACGCCAAUUGGCUGGAUCACAGCGUUCACGAAUGCAACUGGUGGAACAAAGAGGACAUUGGAGGAGACAAGGUCUCCAUCACCAAGUUUUUUGGCUUUGUGGACUCAGAACUGGUCAACGUUACCUUUGGACCUUGUGGAAUCUAUGACACAGUGACUGAAGCGGUGACUGAAAAGAGAGGCUUCAGGCGUGAAGUCUAUGAGAACUUAUGGCUAUGGGAAAAUGAGUUGCUAGGGACAGUACCACCAGAGCUCUUCUUGCUGACUUCCCUCAGGAGCCUCUCCCUCUUUGCCAAUGAAUUGCACGGCCCCUUGCCAACAAUCAUUGCCCAACUUCAGCAGCUUGAGCUGCUGCAGCUUCAGAGCAACAAGUUAACUUCAACUCUGCCUUCUGAAAUUGGCCUCAUGGGCAGUUUGACUGAUGUGUUUGUCUUCUCCAACCCCAUCUCUGGUACCAUUCCUACAGAAAUUGGGAUGCUCUCCAACUUGGCUGUCUUCCAGCAAGACAACAGUGAAAUGACCGGGACGAUCCCGUCUGAAUUUGGUCUACUGACUAAUUUGGUCAUCACAAUUCUUGGAAGUCGUUUGACUGGAACUGUGCCCACUGAGUUUGGUUUGAUGCAGAAACUCAGGCAAUUGGAUACAAAAGGGAAUCCUCUCACUGGCCCAAUUCCCAGUGAAUUUGCCCUAAUGCCUGACAUAAGGGAAUUUUAUAUGUUUGGCUGUCAGUUCAGUGGUACCAUUGCUACAGAACUCGGCUUAAUGUCAUUGGUGACAGAUUUUCAGUUCAGCAGCAGCAGAUUCACUGGCACGAUCCCAACAGAGAUCGGCCUCAUGGUGGCCAUGGAACGAAUGUACCUACGCAACAACACGCUUCAUGGAACCCUGCCAUCAGAGUUGGGUUUGUUGACCAACAUGACACUGGUUACUCUAAGUGGGAACAGUUUCACAGGCUCCAUCAUUUCUGAGUUUGGACUCUACACCAGCCUGACCUACAUCUGGCUCCACAACAACGAGUUGACUGCAACCAUUCCCACAGAGAUUGCCAAUCUCCACUCCAUUACCAAUAUGCGGUUCUACAACAACCGAUUGUCAGGUUCUCUCCCCACUGAGCUCGGAUUGUUGAAUACCACGAACAUUUUACGCGCCCAAAACAAUAGUUUCACUGGAACCAUCCCCUUUGAACUGGGGCUCUUGGAGGCAAUGACAGAGUUGAAUGUUGCGGACAACGAGCUAUCUGGCAGCAUUCCAGAGGAGCUUGGCUUCCUGGCCACCAAUGGAUCUCUCCAACUCCUCAACACAAGUGGCAACUUCUUGUCAGGGACAGUCCCUGAAGAGCUCUGUGAGAUUGAUCCCGAAUAUCCAGGAGCAGUCUUUGACUGUCAGAAUCAGUCUUCAGGUCUCUGUGGAUGUGAUUGCGCGUGCCCAUAA